CCUUAGAGGCCCCUUCUCUUGCUUGAUAGUUUCACCAAACUGAAGUACCUAUUUUGAUACUUCAAUAUUGCUUAAGUAGUCAUUUUAAAAUAUGUAAAGAAAUUGAACAAAGAAUUAUUUGCAGUUUAGUUAAUUUGUAUACUUAUUAGGUACCAGCCAUUCACUAGUUUCAGUUACCUACCCUGUUUGACCUACUUUCGGUUUGAUGAAAAAUACCUGUUGAGAGGUGGCAAUUUUAUAACCAACUUUUGGUUAAACUCAGUAUAAGAGUAAUGGCUACCCAGUAUUUCAUUGGAGUGGACGUGGGCACAGCAUCAGUGCGAGCAGCUCUUGUAGAUAUUACUGGUAAGGUUCUGACCACAGCCACGAAAGAGAUCAAGAUAUGGAAUCCACAACCAAAUUUCUAUCAGCAGUCAUCUACCAACAUAUGGGAGGCUGUCGUUUAUACCGUUAAGAUGGUGUGUGGCACACAAAAAGUGGAUGCAGGAAGUGUAAAAGGCAUCGGUUUUGACGCCACUUGCUCACUGGUUGUAGCAGACCAAGAUGGCAGACCACUUUCUGUAUGUCCCAAAGGGGAGCAGGAAUGUGAUAUCAUCAUGUGGAUGGACCAUCGGGCUGGAGAAGAGGCAGACUUCAUCAAUGCCACCAAGCAUGACAUCCUCAAGUAUUACGGUGGUGGCAUCUCGCUUGAAAUGGAGCCACCUAAACUGUUAUGGCUAAAGAAGCACCUUAGGUCCCAGUGCUGGGAGAAGUUGGGCCACGCCUUUGACCUGUGUGACUUUGUGACAUGGAGGGCAACUGGCAGUCUUACCAGAUCUGUGUGUUCUACAGUUGCAAAAUGGACUUACACCAAGGACACUGGCUUUGACACAGAUUUCUUCAAGAUGAUUGGUCUAGGGGAACUCAGUGAAAACAAGUUCUGCAAAAUUGGUGAAAAUGUCAAGCCCCAAGGCAGGCCAUGCUUGGACGGGCUAUGUGGUCAAGCAGCAAGAGAACUGGGCUUGAAGCCGGGCACUGUAGUCUCUGUUGGCAUCUUAGAUGCCCAUAGUGCUACAAUAGGUUGUUUGGGUUGUAAGCCAAAGGGCAAGGAUGUACCACAGCUGACCCAUCGCCUGGCAAUGAUAUCCGGAACUUCUACCUGUCACAUGCUGCUGAGUGAGGAGGCUAUAUUUGUGCCAGGAGUCUGGGGUCCCAACUGGUCCACUAUUAUUCCAGGGAUGUGGUCUGCUGAGGGCGGCCAAAGUGCUGCAGGAAAACUGAUUGACUAUGUGAUAGAGACCCAUGCUGCCUACCAGGAGGCCCUGGCAGAGGCUGAAAAAAAAAACAUGCACAUCAGUGACUACCUGUAUGAAGUAUUGAAGGCAGAGGCAGGGAGGCUGAGCCAGUCCAAGGUCUCCACUCUCACAGAACAUCUUCAUGUGUGGCCUGAUUUCCAUGGCAACCGUUCACCUCUUGCAGACCACACCCUCACAGGCAUGUUGUGUGGGCUAACCCUGCAGUCAGAUGUGGUCAGUCUGGCCCUACUGUACCUAGCCACAGUCCAGUCACUGGCUUGUGGGACUCGUCACAUUCUUAGUGAAAUGCAAGCAUCUGGUCAUACACCUGACAUCAUCUAUGUCUGUGGAGGCUUGCGGAAAAAUAUGCUGUAUAUACAGACACAUGCAGAUGUUACUGGGUUGCCAGUGGUAGUACCGGAUGAAAAGGAAUCUGUGCUGCUGGGGUCUGCCAUACUUGCUGCAUCUGCUGCAGGACUACACUCCUCCAUACAGGAGUGUAUGGAACACAUGAGUGGUCCUGCUGAAAUAACACAGCCAGAUCUCACAGUUAAAGAAUUCUACGACCGUAAAUUUACGGUAUUUCUACAGAUGUAUCAGGACCAGAGAAAAUACAAGAGUAUUAUGGCUGGCGGAAAGGUGCAAUAACUGUAUAUCAAAGCUGCUUUUAUCUUUAGUGUGCUAUAUAUAUAUGUCAUUUAUAUUGAUGUAGCAUACUAGCUGAAAAUGUUACUUUGUAUGAAAAGACAUUUUUAGAACCAAUAUGUUUAUCUAUGUACACUAUUCAGUAUUCUGCUAUCAAUAAAUUAAUACCGAUUCUACCACAGAUUUAAUUUCAUUUGAAUUCUCUUUUUAAUGAAAUUUAAGCAUUGUUUUUUUUGUACUGGAGGAAUUAAACAUUUUUACUGUUGCACAUUUUAACACAAUAAUGCAUCUUCUUGACAUAUCAAAUUAAAUUUGUUUUGUUUAAAAAAAUAGAUAAAUGAAUACAUGUUUGAUUUAGAUAUUUUUGCUACCAGCAAAUGGUAUGUUAUUGGCAUUAUUGUUACAUAUUUUUUUAUCAACAUUUUUAAAGAAAAGUGGGUUAUUGGCAUUAGGAAGUAAUUGGGCAGGCAUGCAUCUGGGUGGGGUCAUAAUGGUGUUAUCUGACGAUUAGGACUAAAAUAUAGUGAUGAAUCUUGGUAUGAAGUAGGCUUAUGUGGAGACAUACCUUGGGAUUGCAUUUAGGGUUCACCUUUUCUAAAAAUAUAUAAAAAAACGGUUUCAGCUCAAUAACUUUAGUUAGGAGUGAUGUGUUGACUUGGUAUUGAUGUGAAGUGAUGAAACUUGGCAUGUAUCAAGCUCACAUGGGAGCAUUCCUUGGGAUUGCAUUAAGGCUAUGUGGGGUCAAGGCGGCUGUAUCUAAAAAAAGAAAACAAAAACAGUUUCCACUCAAUAACUACAGUCAGGAGUGAUUAAUUGUGAUAAAACGUGACAUGAAGCAAGUUGAUGUGGAAACGAACCUCAGGAUUGCAUGUGGGGUCAAGGUUACUACAUGUAUAACUAAAUAUAGAAAAGCGUUUUUCACUCAAAAACUAUCAUUAUGAGUGACAAAUCGUGAUGAACCAUAGUAUGUAACAAGUUCAGGGGGAGAUGUACUUUGGAAUGAAGGUCAAGGUCACUGUUACUUUUGAAAUAAAAUAAAGGCUUUCACUUAAUAACUUUAGUUAGGAGUGACAUAGUGAUGAAACUGGACAUGUAAAUAAAUUAAUAUGGAGACUUACCUUGGGAUUGCAUUUUGGGUAUGUUGGGUCAAGGUCACUGUUAUGCUCAAUAAUUCUUGUUAUGCAUAGUGAUAAAACUUGGCAUGCAGUUAUAUGCUUAUAUACCAUGGGAUCGCAUUUUUAAUUCGUGGGGUCAUGGUCAAAAACUGGUUUCUGCUCAAUGACUUAAGUUCGGAAUAACAUACAUGUAUGGUGAAGAAAUUUGCUGUGAAGUAAGCUGAUGUAGAGAUGUACUAUUGGUUAUUGAGGUAAAGAUUGCUUAUGCUGAAAAUAGAAAACUGGUUAUAUGAAGGUUAUAGGAACUGAUGCCUUUAAUACUCUGACAAAAUUGGUUUUGAUAGAACUCUUUUGUGGUUGCCGAAUUUAGUUAUUUUUAACCUUGACAACUUCUACUUUUGAUUGCAAUUUUGAAAAAGAUAUUAUUUAAGAAUGGGUGUGUUUAAGACGAUAACUUUUAUUUAAUGAGUAGCAUGAUGUCAUACAAAGAACUGACUUUCGGACAUUAUGCAAGUUUUAUAAUGGAUCUCCCUUUGCGUCAUUCAUUUAAAUGGGAAAAAAAUGUGUUUUUCUCAAUGUAGUUGAUCCCAUUUCUGGUGUACGCCGAGAUUAAAAGAUGCGUACAUGAAGCAAAUUCUCACUCCUGACUCUGAUUUCAACAGCUGAACGUCGAAAACAAAGUAAUCACUGUAGUUGCACUUAUAUUGUACUAGCUUGCAGACCUGGUACAUGCACCUGAGUAGACUUGGUUAAAAGUGCCUUGUAUAAAACUUGUACGAUAUUGUAAAAACCUAGCAUUAGCAGAAGAGGGUACAUGUAGUUGACACCAUCAUCAACUCCAGAUCAUUGACAUGCAUAUUAAACUAUCUAGCAGACCUAGUACAAGAGUAGCCACGGUGAAAACUCUGGUUCCCGAGUCAAAAAAGUAUACCAGAACCAUUUUCAAGACCAGCUAUUGAAAUAGCCAGAAAGCUGAGAACAAGACCAGCUACUAAAAUAGUCAGAAAGCUGAGAACUAGGAAAGCUGUCCACCCAAUAAAUCUCAUUCAAUUUUAUUCCUUUUGUGAUAACAUGUACAUGCAGCUUUUCAUUCUUUAUUUAUCAUUAGAAUCAAUCAUUGGGCAAUUACCAGUCUCCAGGCAAAUUAUUUAUAAAGCUUAAUGCAUUAAAAGACUGAGCUAGCUGCUGCACGUAACAAUACAAUAGUCAUGUUAUACUGGGACACAAAACUUCUGUUUGGGAACAAUUCUCAAAACUUAUUAUUUCAACCAGGUUUCGUGGCAUUGCAACAAUUCUAGUCAUUAAACUGUUUUAUCUCAGCUUUGUCUUGUUGUCGAUGUAUAAUGUAAUGGAAAAAACCCUAGUACUGUAUAGAACCUUUUUGUUACUAAUUGUUGUUAUAUAAUAUAAUAUAUACACGUACAUUUCAGUCAAUAAACAGUAUAAAAACGAGA